UCACGUGUCUCUGUUUUCUCUGCGGCUCACUUUAGCCUCAGCGGCUAACUGACCAGCAGGCUGACCGUCGGCCAGAGUGCCGCCGAGCAAGCAGCUCAGUGUGCCGGUGAGUGUACCGCGUGGGACGCCGUGUAAAAUCCACGGAAAGAACUUCAGGAUCACAGCGAGCUGCUAACGCUACUCUCAGCCUCCGUGCUCGGCUAGCGGGGCCAAGAGAGCGGCUUCCAUUAUCGGACACUGUGCUGCUGUGGCUCGCGUUGGGAGCCGCUGCACCUCCUGCUGCUGAAGCCCAGAGAGCCGCACGGACAGAUGGAGCCUCUGUGAAGCAGCAGGAUGACUGAAGGUGAGCUCGGAUCAGCUGCUUCUCACUGUGCGCGUGUGUGUGCGCGCGCAGUAACAGCAGUGUAAUGUAAGGCCAUGCUCGCUCGCCCACCAUGACCAGUGUCACGCUGCGGUACUUCUGUUAUGGCUGCCUCGUCACCUCGGCCACCUGGUCCUUCCUGCUCUUCCUGUAUUUUUCCAUGGGGGCGGAGCCUGACCGUGGCAGGACUCCCGUGAGGCACCUCGGGCAGCCGAUCACCAGAGGUGUGGCCGAUCGUAGAGGGGGGCGUCGGCCUCUGCUGCCAAGUAAUGGAGUGGAGCUUUCACCAGAGAUGGGGAUGAUCUUCAAUGAGGCGGAUCAGGAGGUUCGGGACAGCGGCUACCACCGCCACGCCUUCAACGUCCUCAUCUCCAACAGGCUGGGCUUCCACCGCCAGUUGCCCGACACCAGAGACGCCCAGUGUCGGGAGAAGUCCUAUCCUGUGGCUCUACCUUCUGCCAGCGUCGUAAUCUGUUUCUUCAACGAGGCGCUCUCCGCCCUGCUCAGGACCGUGCACAGCGUGCUGGACCGCACGCCAGCCUACCUGCUGCACGAGCUCAUCCUGGUGGACGACCACAGCGAGCUGGAGGAGCUGAAGGACGAGCUGGACCGCUACGUCAGGGCGGAGUUUCAGGGGAAAGUCCAUCUGGUGAGGAACCAGAGGAGGGAAGGACUCAUCAGAGGACGCAUGAUUGGAGCCUCACACGCUACAGGUGAGGUGCUCGUGUUCCUGGACAGCCACUGCGAGGUGAACCAGGCGUGGCUGCAGCCGCUGCUGGUGCCCAUCCAGAAGGACCGCCGCACUGUCGUCUGCCCCGUCAUCGACAUCAUCUCCGCCGACACGCUCGCCUACUCGCCCUCCCCCAUCGUCAGGGGCGGCUUCAACUGGGGGCUGCACUUCAAGUGGGACCCCGUGCCCCCCUCCGAGCUCAGCGGGCCUGAGGGAGCGUCCGGACCCAUCAGGUCCCCCACCAUGGCAGGCGGGCUGUUCGCUAUGAACAGGAAGUACUUUAACGAGCUCGGCCAAUACGACGCCGGCAUGGACAUCUGGGGGGGAGAGAACCUGGAAAUCUCCUUCAGGAUCUGGAUGUGCGGCGGUCAGCUCUUCAUCAUCCCGUGCUCCAGGGUCGGCCAUAUCUUCAGGAAACGGCGGCCCUAUGGCUCGCCGGGCGGCCAUGACACCAUGGCCCAUAAUUCCCUGCGGCUGGCGCACGUGUGGAUGGACGGGUACAAGGAGCAGUAUCUCUCUUUGCGUCCAGAGCUGCGCAACCGGAGUUACGGCGACAUCGGCGAGCGUGUGGCGUUGAGGAAGCGGCUGCAGUGCCACUCGUUCAGCUGGUACCUGGACACGGUCUACCCUGAGAUGCAGACCGCCGCCAACGGCAACAAGCAGCAGCCGCUGUUCAUCAACAAGGGUCUGAAGCGGCCCAAAGUCCUGCAGCGAGGACGGCUACGGAACCUCGCCAUCGGACGCUGUCUGGUAGCCCAGGGCCGGGCCAGCCAGAAGGGCGGCGCCGUCGUUCUGCGACCGUGUGACCCCCGAGACCCCGAGCAGGACUGGGCGUACGACGAGGAGGGUCAGUUGAUCCUGGCAGGUCUGCUGUGUCUGGACGUGUCAGAGGUCAGGACCUUUGACCCCCCGAGGCUGAUGAAGUGUCACGGCUCGGGGGGGUCGCAGCAGUGGAGCCUGGGGAAGUCCAACCGGAUCUACCAGGUCUCCGUCGGUCAGUGUCUUGCAGCUGUCUCCCAGCCAAUAGGACAGAAGGGUUACGUCUCCAUGGCGAUAUGCGAUGGCUCGCAGACGCAGCAGUGGCAGCUGGAGGCCUGAGGAGGACGCCGAGGCGCCGUGGACGGAAUGAUCUCUGAUUCUCACCUGCUCAUUUAAUGUUUCGUGUUUUUCAUUUUAAGUUUGAUGUUUCAGUCGCAAAAGAACUUCGCCACGCCGGACGCCAUGCCCAGACACGCCUGGAACUUCUUCAAGGUCCUUUUAAGGACCUGGAAAGUCCUGGAGUCUGGCGUCGCGGUCGGACUGAUUUAAUCUGAUCAGUGAUCUGAUGUUUACUUGAUUUCAUCAUGAUUUCAGCUCAUAUCUGGAGCCGUGUGCUCGCUUUUUAUGUCUGGGUCUGCCUUCAUCAUGUGACCUCUGAGGUGUCUCCGUCCUCAGAGAAGCACUGCAGGCUUUUCUGUAGGGUUUUUAUCGUGUUCACACAGGAAGUGCUUCCAAAGCAGCGACGGCACUUCCUGUCCUCCUCAGGUCAAAGGUUGCCAUAAGUUCAAAAGUUUUGCUUCAGAGGUCCGUUAGCUGCAGAGAGCUGGAAUAAAACCGAACACUCACUCACUGAAGGACUCGGAGCGUCGCCACUGCUCUCGUGUCUCCUCGUGGAACCCUGAUGAUGCUGAUCCGCCGCUCAUGCACCAGAACCAUAUCUGCAGUUAUUUCUCAUGAGCUUCCUCGGUGAAGUUGGUGCGAGCAUGCACGUGAGAUCAGUUCUGAUGCCACCGAUGAUAGGAAGGAAGGCGGAGCUUACCGUCAGGGCAAUCCACAGUGGGCGUCACAGCCACUUUUCCUCGAGCAGGUUGUUCCCCCAGAACAGGAAGUGCCGCUAUGCUGUCACAGAGGCGCCUUGCUCGUUAAUCCUUCGUUAACCGUGAAGGUCAGAAUGUUGUAAAUGUGAGUUUGUAGAAUAAAAAGUGAGGAUGUGAACCUUUAUUUUUAAAUUUUGACUGUUUUAAAUCCACAGCUACAGGAGAAAUAUCCAUGAAUGUGCAGAUUAAUAUUUACACAAAUAUACUGAAAUGUUACUGUUUGUUUGAUUAAACCUGCCGCUGCUCAACUGCACCCUCUAGAGUCACACGCUCAGAGCUGCGUUUCAGUGACAUCUAGUGGCCAAACGUGAGACAGCAGCAGGGUGUGAUUGGUUAGUGUGAAUGAUGUAAACACAGUUCAGUGAAGACGGCCCGCUGGCUCAGCUCGUUCUGCAGUAGCUGGGAGGAGGCAUGCACACAACAUGGCCGAUGGCGUAAACGCCGCACUGCACCCAUCGUAGCAGCUGCAGUGUUGUCAAUGGUGAGCUCGGGCUGCGAGGUCACCAUUGACAACCAAACUGCUCUUGGCUCUUGACAGAGGCGGUCGCACUUUCUCCUUCUCCCUCUCCCUUAUCUUUCCUGCUUGGCUUCUCAUGUCUUUUGUAUAGUCUCGCUUAUUCUCUAACCCUAAGAGAGUCUCCCAGACUUGUUCUCUAAAAGCCUAAAGAAUUAUGGAUUUGAUCAACUGGUCCCUGAAUGCAAUUGACACCCUCGACGAGAAGCCUGGGUUCGGGAGAGCCCGUGACAAGACAUUGAAGACACCUUUUCGGAACCAUGAUAACAGGGUUCUUGCUGAUCGGCGCUGGCUUGGCCCUGGCUUAUCGAAGGAUAAAGAAAGCGGAAACGGCUGUUCAAAUCCUCACAAGGCUGCCCGCUGUGUUGAUUGGUACGAUGGAGCGAGCUGUGGCUUCUCAGAAUGGGCUCAUCAGGUGCAGCACGGAGGACAUCUUGGAGAAGCUUGCGCUGCUGUGAGUACUGAGACCGACUGACAACAUCUGACAACAUCUUCGGAGAGGCUCACAGCUGUCGUGAACACUCAUGCCCUAUGAGCAAACUGGAUAACAUCUCGGCAUGGAUGGAUAACAUCGUGGAGAGGCUCACAGCUCUCCAACGAGAGACUUGUGACCAGUGACGGACAUUAGACAACUGUAAAAUUGGAAGCAGUUUGUUCGCACUAACCAAAACAGCUACCAUCUUCAUUUCAUGUGGCGCCAGGUGGAUGCUCAAGGCAAAAGUUGACGGGAAUAACAAAACUCUCCCUCAGAUAAUAAGACUGUGUUGUGACUUUCUCCCUCCUCAUUCAAGGCCACCCGCGUCGACCGAAGACUGUUGACUUUUGCCUAAUCGGGUGAAGGGACACUUUCUCUCGGUUGAACACGGAACACACUCACACGCACAGAUACACAUGUACACUGACACAGACCUACACUCACCCCCCACCCCCUCCAAACGCCUUCGAAGCUUAUGUCUUCCAUGUUGUGAGAUGUGCUGAUUCAUGUGCUGAGGUGUUUUCUUUCUGUUCUCAAACUGAUCUCCCUGUUGGAGCUCAGUCUGGGGGGAGUUAUUUUUUUCUCCUUAUCUUUCCUCAUGUUGUGCAUUUUCCAUUGUUAUACCUCUCUGACCUGUCUUCCCCAUGUGAUGUUUGUGUAAUGUAUGUAUGGUCAGAAGGGUAAGAUGGCGCUGGCAAAGGUUGGCAGCCUUAACAACAAAUUUCCCACGCGUGGGACUAAUAAAGGUAUCUUAAAUGACUGUAAAUGAUCCUGAAAAAGUCUUGUGUUCAUCUGGACGUCUUCAGUGGAACGCGUGUCGUCAUCAGCUGACUCCGUCAGUCUUAGCUGACUGCAGCUCUCCGACCUUUAACCUUAAACACUGGCCCGUGUGUCAGUUUACAGUAAAUGUGCCCAUAGUCUAUGAAGGCUAACCUGACACUGUUCAUAUCCUCCCUGGUGAAUUUGAUGUGUCCACCGUGUUAAUGCGAUCCGUGAACGCUGGUAAUUCCUGAGAUUUGAUUUUCACCCAGGUGUCAGCCACCUGAACCAAUGAUGUCGCGGUAUUCCAGGGUAGGAUAGCAGAGCCCUCUUUUCCACUUCUUCCAUGUACAAGUUGGGUGAAUCUGGCACACGCAUGUUUCUGCGUGUAGCACUGACCCUUGUAUGUACUGACCUCACAGCCUGUUGCUGCUGGUGUCAGUCAUUACUGUUUGCAAGGUUGGAGACCUGCAGUCAGCUGACACUGACGGAGUCACAUGAUGAUGACGUCCAGGUGAACAGAAGCACCUGUAUGUGAGACAGGCUGGACGCUCCAUAACCUGUGAACGGUAUCAUAUAUCCAGACUUUUUUUAGCCUUUAGAUUCAGAAACGGUUCUAAAUGUGUCCCGUGUUUGUUGUCAGCACCACCCAAUGAAAAUGACGAACCCUCUGCACCACCAGUCCGACUCGGGAGGUAAAAAUGUUUCCCUCUGAUGUCAGAUAAUGAGUUAGAGAUGGAGGGAGAGGAACCUAAAGCAGGUAAAGGAGCACAGGGGGUGGGGCUUGGAAUGAGGGCCACAGCAGGCAGGCUGGUAGUUGGUCAUGAAGCAUGAUGAAAGUCAGUAGAUGGUGAUGAGCAAGCUGAGUGAGCCUGGAGAGUCUGAGGAGAACCAUGGUAGAACCCCGAAGGAACCAUCAGUUAUCAUGGUGCAGUCAGCACUUCAACAGGCUCAGUGGACGGGUCUAACAGCGCCUGCUGGAUCAGCGGCAGGUUCUAAUCCGUGAGUCUGUGCCCAAAAUAACCGUCGUGCAGCUCUAACAGUGCGAGUCAUCAAAGGGAAACUCACGGAGAAGUCAAGCUUAGCUGGAGGAUUGUAGGGUCCUCGUCCCCCACAGUGAUACACGGCGAGGGGACCGCCGCUGUGAAAUGUUACAGGCGUCGUUUGAAUCCGAGCAGCUCGCAGGAAAACAUCCAAAGGCGGGGUUUACAAAAAAAUAUGAGCAUCAUAACUUUUAAGUUUCAGAACAGAAACCGCGCCAUCCUCCUCUCCAAGGCUUUCAUGUGUGAUAAUAAUAAUAAUAAUAGAUUUUAUUUGAGGACGCCUUUCACAAACCUGAGGUCACCUUACAAAUACAGGCCGUUUACCAUUUUACAAAGAACAACAUUAAUAAAAGGAGCAAUAGUCAUAAAAUAAGUUAAAAUUGCAAAACAGAACUUGACAACAGAUUAAAAUCAGCACUAAAGCGAAUAAGCCAGUUUGAACAGAUGUGUUUUGAGCUGUGACUUAAAUGCGGGAAGAGAGUCUAUAUUUCUUAUAGAGAGUUCCAGACCCGAGGAGCAGAGCGACUGAAGGCUCUGUGUCCCAUAGUGAUGAGAUGAGCGGAAGGAACAGUAAGAUGAACAGCAGAUGAGGAUCUGAGAGGGCGGGAGACAGUGGUGAUAUGGAGCAGGUAACACAAAUAGGAAGGAGCAGAUUUAUGGAUACACUUGUACGUGAGAAGUAAGAUUUUAAAGUUUAUCCUGGCUUCUAUAGGCAACCAGUGAAGCUGCUGAAGAACUGUUGUAAUAUGAGCUCUUGAUGGAGUACGAGUUAUGACCCGAGCUGCAGAAUUUUGAAGAAGUUGGAGUUUAUGAAGGAACCUUUUAGGGAGACCAAAUAAGAGGGAACUGUAGUAAUCAAUACGGGACGUAAUAAGACUAUGGACAAGGAUGGCAGCAGCAUGGGGAGUAAGGAAGGGACGGAGUCGGUUAAUAUUACGUAAGUGGAAGUAUGCAGACCAGGUUAUGUAAUUAAUGUGAGACUGGAAUGAAAGAGUAUUAUCAAGUAUGACACCCAAACUCUUAACCUGAGGGGAGGGAAAAACAGGAUAGAGACUUGAAGAGUGUGAUUUAAAUUGGAUAAACUGAGUGCCGUCUGAGAGAUAUGAGGUGAACCAGGCAAGGGGGGUGUGACUAAUGCCAAUGGAUGCUAACCGGUUCAGGAGGAUAUUGUGAGAAAUGGUAUCGAACGCCGCACUAAGAUCAAGAAGGAUGAGGAUGGAUAGGAGACCAGAAUCAGCUGCCAUCAGAAGGUCAUUGGUAAUUCUUAACAGAGCAGUUUCUGUGCUAUGAUUGGGGCGGAAACCAGAUUGAAAUUGUUCAUAGAGAUUAUGGUCAUUGAGAUGUAAGUGAAGCUGGGAGGUGACAACUUUUUCAAGAAUUUUUGAAAUAAAGAGAGAUUUAUAUAGGACGAAGAUUAUCAAAGUUAUUGGGGUCUUCACCAGGCUUUUUGAGAGUUGGAAUAACAGAAGCAUUUUUCAGAGAUGAAGGAACGAUUCCAGUGUUCAGGGAGGAAUGAAUAAUAUUGGUUAUGAGAGGAGCUAACGAGGGAAGACAGGCUUUAACUAACAUAGUGGGGAGAGGGUCAAGGUGACAGGUGGAUGAUUUAGAUUUUUUAAUAAGAUUAGAUACAUCAGUUAUGGAGGGAAGAGUAAAGCUUGAAAAUAAUUGACAGGAAGACAGUGGGGGAAACAGGAAGUCUACUUCAGAGUUGGAAGCUCCUACAGAGUUAAGUUGACGGUGAAUAUCUGAGAUUUUACGAGUGAAAAAGAGAUAAGAGAAUUGCAAAAAUCAACAGAAUACAUGUGGGAGGGGAAUGUGUCUGGAGGUUUUGUAAUUUUACUGAACAAUGAAAAGAGAGACCUGGAGCUACCUUCAAUAGAACUGAUUAAAACAGAGUAGUAAGCAGAUUUGGCUGAGGCAAUGCAGUCCUUAUAGAACAAAACAUGAUCAUUGUGCAUUUCUUUAUGUACAGUAAGUCCGGUUUUCUUGAAUAGACGUUCGAGUUGGCGUCCUUUAGCUUUAAGAUGACGCAGGUUGGGGGUAAACCAUGGAGCUGAACGGGAGAAUGAGACAGUUCGAUGUUUAAGGGGAGCAAAUACGUUAAGAAGGUUAUGAAGGUUGACAUUAUAAUGAGAAACGAGUUCAUGAGGGGCUGAGGAGCUGUGGAUAGAUGGAAGGUCAUGGACGGCAGAUGAAAAAACAGAUGGGUUAAUAUUACUAAUUUUCCUAAAAGUGAUAUUAUGAGAAGUACAGGUUUUGAAAGGAGUUAUGUUUGCAUUAAAAGAAAUAAACAUAUGAUCAGACUGGGGAAACAAUGUGGCUUUACAAUGGGUGGGGGUAAUGCCAGAACAACAGACCAAAUCCAGGAUAUGACCUUUAGAUGAGUAGAAAACUAUGUACUGUAGAAGCUCAAAACUUUCCAGGCAGGAGGUAAAAUCUCUGGAAAGAGGGAUUUUGUCAUUGUCCAUAUGAAUAUUGAAGUCACCAACAAUUAUCAGAUUAGGAGAAAGUACAGAGAAAUGACUGAGCAGAGCAGAAAAUUCAUUUAAAAACUCCUUAUUUGGCUUAGGUGGCCGAAAAACAGUACAUAUAAUGGUGGGGUAGAUCCAGGGAGCUGUAAUGCAAUGUAUUCAAAUGAAUGGGAGGGAGGGGCAGAGACAGUGCUUCCAGUGUCCUGCAGGUUUUAGAUGUGCCCCUCAUCCAGCUGAUUUAAAUGGCUAAAUGAAAGUUCUCCAGAGGCCUGGUAAUGAACUAAUCAUGUGACUCUGUGAGAUCUAAAACCUGCAGGACACCGGCCCUCGAGGCCUGGAGUUGGACACCCCUGUCCUAAAGCAAAGGCAGGGUCUGGGUGGUCCUUGAGGUGGUCGCUACUGCUGCACCUCAAUCCCAACACAGGAGCACGCCGGCUCCACCAGGAAGCCGACAGACCGCAACACAGUAUGUGCCUAAGCUAGGGUGACCGACCAUCCUCUUCUUUUGCACUUGUUGACUUGUAAAAACCUAUAUGACACUUUUUAUUUCACCAUUUUUUAACAGCACAGAGAAGGCAUCGUUUAAAUAUGUUAACGUUUUCUUUAAGCAAACAGUAUUAUUAAAGUUCUUCGUGACUGGGCCAAGUGUCCUCUUCUUUUUGGAAAUCAAAAUAUGGUCACCCUAGCUUAACCUAACGCCGGCAUGGCCUUUUAUCCAAGCUCCUCCCACUGAGUCUCCAGGGACCCUGAACUUACCAUAAACCACACCACCAUUUUUUCAUGAGGUCUGUGAGGUUUUGAAGUUUUAUUUACUUUAAUCUUGAACCCAGUGGUGGUCCUAGCCUGUUUGGCGCUGUGGGCGAACACUCCUUCUGCUCCAGCAGCAGGUUGAGGGUCACAGAUGCCAACAGACUAAAUAAACUGAUCCACAAGGCCGAUAAUGUUGCUCCCACCCACUUCAUGACGUGCUGGAUAGUCACAGGAGCACGUUCAGUGGGAGACUGAGAUUACCAAAAAGCACCACUGAACGACACAGGAAGUCAUUCCUGCCUUUGGCCAUCUCCCUGUACAACUCCAUCUAACACACUGUGAACACUGCAAUAGUUACACCCUUUUUACACACGCUCUUUUCUACUCUGGAAUAUUCUUGUCAAUUUUCUUGAUAUUUCUUUAUAAUCACCUCUGUUAGUCCUUGAUAUUUAUAAUUGAGUGAUCUGUAUUUAUUAGUGCUAUUUCUUAAAUGUGUAAAAUCUGUAACAUCAUGUAUUGUUUGGAGUUUAGUCUGUUACUGUUACUAUUUUUACCAUUUCUUCUUGGAGCAACUGUAAC